UGAAGUGCAUGAUGCUCAUCUAGAAUAGGAAUAACUCCAAUUAUAUUAAGUAUAGAAGCUACGCAGGUCUCUCGCCAUAUUUCUCAUUGUCUGGAGUAACAAAGUACAAAAAUUGCAACGAAAAGAUUGAAAGAAAAGAGAGCAAGAGAGAUGAGGAAUGAGGAGAGCGCGCAGGAACUCAUACCGGGUUUACCGAAUGACGUGGCCUUGGACUGCCUCGCCCGAGUUCCGCACCGAUUUCACCCGGGUCUCCGACUCGUCUCUCGUGGCUGGCGAAAUCUGCUCACCGCUCCCUGCUUCCACCAGCACCGGGAGCGAAUCGAGGCGACGGAGGACCUGAUCUUCCUCGUCCAAGCCCUCCUCGGAAAGAACUCUGGAGGCGGCGGUGAGAAGGGCGACGGCGCCACUGUAAGCAGUCCGGAGGCUUACGGCCUUAGCAUUUACAAUGCGACUGAUGGAUCGUGGCACCGGUUGGCGACUCCGAAACCGAUUCCGCUGUUUGCGCAAGUCGCUGCGGUCGACGGCAAGCUGGUGGUGAUGGGUGGCUGGGACCCGGUAACCCUGGAUCCGGUGACGGAGGUUCGGGUGCUGGAUCUUAAGAGAGGCGAGUGGCGGAUAGGAGCGUCCAUGGUUGUGGCACGGAGCUUCUUCGCGUGCGCGGCGGUGGCUGGGAAAGUGUACGUCGCCGGGGGGCACGAUGCCUGGAAGAACGCGCUUCAGGGGGCGGAGGCGUACGACGUCGAAGAGGAUCGGUGGUUGGAUCUGCCGGCCAUGGGGGAGAAGCGGGACGAGUGCAAGGGGGUGGCGGCAGGGGGCCGGUUUUGGGCAGUGAGCGGGUACGGCACGGAGGGCCAGGGAAGGUUCUUGGGAGCGGCCGAGUGGUACGACGCUGACGCGGGGAAAUGGAAGAGGGAAGAGGGAAUGUGGGAAUGGGAGGAGGGAGUCUGCGUGGGCCUAGCCGGGGGGCGGAUGUGGAGCGUGGAGUGCGGCGGCGGGAGGGAGAAUAUGGUGAGGGAGUACAAGGGAAACGGGAAAGGAUGGAGAGAGGUAGCGCCGCUCCCGGCGCGGACGAGGGUGAGACCUUCCGCGGCGGCGAUCGACGGCGGAGAGAGGGUGUUCCUCGUGGCGGAGGUGGAGGCUGAGGCUGAGGGGAUGGAGCCCAAUCGAGGCUGGAUUUUGGAGGUGGCCUCCGCCACGUGGUCCCGGCUUGAAAUUCCAUCUCGCUUCAACCGGUUCACCUUUUCAACCGCUGCGGUCCGGCUUUAGUUGACAAGAGUUUCCGUAGUUUCUUAAUUGAUUUCUUAAUUAGACUUGUCAUGUUUCUGGUCGGUGUGUAUUUGAGAAAGGUACAUGCGGCAAUAAUGAAGUUUCUUCUGUGUAUGGAACAAAGCGUUAACAACUUAAUAUGCAUUGCUAAACUAAACUCAUUCUGAAAGAGAACGGAUUGACUCACAAUGAAAGUGUGAUUGCAAGAUGCAAAAUGUUUUAAGUUGAAUCUUUGAGCAAUCUUGUGAGACUAUUCGUGUCUUCAGUGUCAUUUUUCAAGCAACUGAGGCUAAGGAUUCUACUACUGCUCUAUAUCAGAAGAGCACAGGCAAUCUUGUGAGAUUCACCAUUUUUUAUAAGAAAGCAUAUUUGCCAUUAUGGUC